CCUCGGCGGCGGCCGCCAUCCGCUGCCGUGCAACGGGGCCUCGGCUGCUGCCGCACAGCACAGCAACGGGCUCCGGUGACGGGCCGCGGGGCAUGCCGGGGCCGGUAGUCCGUGCCGGCCUGCGGAGGCCCAGGCCGCGGCUCCGUGGCAGCGGGGCUCGCACACACCGGACACCCGCUGCCCCCCGCUGAGCCUGCGGGUCCUCGCCCUCACUCGCCUCCUGCCUCAGGGAGCAGGCCCAAUCCAAUGAGGGAGGUGCUGAUUGGCUGGCAGGCAGCCCCCUUCUCCCACCAGCCAAUCGGCGCGCGGGAUGCUGCGCCGUGCAUGAAGCCGGGCACAGGAGCACCAUGUUCCUGGUCGGCCUCUCGGGGGGCAUCGCGUCGGGGAAGAGCACAGUGGUGGCUGUGCUGCAGGAGCUGGGCUGUGCUGUGAUCGAUGCCGAUGUCAUUGCCCGGCAGGUGGUGCAGCCUCACCUCAAGGCCUACCAGCAGAUAGUGCAUCACUUUGGCACCGAGAUCCUCCUGGAGAACGGGGAGAUAAAUCGUGAGGCUCUGGGAAGCAUCAUCUUCUCCCAGCCGGAGAAGCGGCAGCUGCUGAACUCCAUCACCCACCCGCAGAUCCAGAAGGAGAUGCUGAAGCAGAUCUUGAAGUACUUUGUGUUAGGCUACCGCUACGUGAUCCUCGACAUCCCUCUGCUCUUUGAGACCAACAGGCUGACCAAGCUGAUGAAAUACACGGUCCUGGUUUAUUGCAGCCCCGGGGCGCAGCUCUCCCGGCUCAUGCUCAGGAAUGGGCUGUCCCAGGCGGAGGCAGAGGCUCGGAUCCAUUCCCAGCUCCCACUGGAGGAGAAGUGCAGGUUUGCAACUCACAUCAUUGACAACUCCGGGGAUCCAGAGAGCACCCGACGGCAGGUCCUGAGGCUCCAUAGGCACCUCGAGGACUCCCUGCAUUUCCUCUGGCUGCGCCUGGCAGUGGGCACGGUUCUGGCUGGUGUUGGGGGGCUCGGGUACCUCCUCCUCCGGCGUUUCAGCUCCUGAUUCACCUGCUCCUGUCGUGCAAGAGGGCUCCAUUUCCAGGUCUGAAAAGAGCAUUCAAAGGCCACCUCCUUCCAUGAGCUUUGCCUGUGGAGUGCAGACAGUGGGAUGAGGCAGCCUGUGAAGGGGAAGGCAGGGGGGGUUCUACAGCACUGUCACCCCUCUCUUCUUGCUUGGGUUCCUGCCCACCAGCUGUGCCUGUGGGAUGGGACCGUUCCCCUUGCGUGGCUGUGGCCAGGGGAGGGAACAAGUCCUUGGUUUUCCCCCUCCUGGGUCUGGGUGGUGGCACUUGAGUGGAUUUAGGCACUUUAAUGUCUUCCAGGACAAUCUUUGCCAGUCUUCCAGUACCUAAAGGGGGCCUACAAGGGAUCUGGAGAGAUUUUUUACAGGGAAAUGUAGGGACAGGCCAAGGGGAAUGGCUUGAACCUGCCCAAGAGAGGGGAGACUGAGCUGAGCUCUUAGGCAGAAGCUAUUCCCUGUGAGGGUGCUGAGGCGCUGGCACAGGGUGCCCAGA